GUCCCGCAGACUGGACCUCUGUCCCGCAGAUUGGACCUCUGUCCCGCAGACUGGACCUCUGUCCCGCAGACUGGACCCGUGUUUGAUGGAGGACGUGUUCGGACAUUGAACUGCUCUUCGUGUCCUCGUUGGUUCCGUUCACGAAGCUCCGGACCGGCAGGAGCAGACCCGGGUCCUCCUCUCCACUGGAACCGUUAUAACCUCCACACACGGACCGAGCCGAGAUCAUGGAGAAGUCACGAGCGGGUCGACAGUUAGUGUUCAGCCUUCUGUUCGCCUUGUGGUUCACCUGCUGUUUGACCCAGACCACACCAUCAAACGCACCCACGCCAACCCUGACCCCAACCCCGACCCUGACCCCGUCCCCGUCCCCGUCCUCGUCCUCUCAGCCGCAGACCGAGCGGCUGAAGGUCCGACUGGCCGGAUACCCACGAAAACACAACGAGGGUCGGAUAGAGCUUUUUCACAAGGGCGAGUGGGGAACCAUCUGUGACGACGACUUCUCCAUCAGUAACGCCAACGUGCUCUGUCGACAGCUGGGCUUCGUGUCAGCCACAGGAUGGACACACAGCGCCAAAUAUGGCAAAGGCCAAGGUAAAAUCUGGCUGGACAACGUGCAGUGUAACGGAGGUGAGAAGAGCGUCGAAGUCUGCAAGUCUCGUGGCUGGGGCAACAGCGACUGCACUCACGACGAGGACGCCGGCGUCGUGUGCAAAGACGAGAGGAUUCCCGGCUUCGUGGACUCCAACGUCAUCGACGCUCAGGUGGAUGAGAACAGGAUCGAGGUGGUGCGACUCCGGCCCGUGGUGGCCAUGGCCAGAAAGAAGAUGCCCGUCACGGAGGGCGUGGUGGAGGUGAAGUACAAAGACGGCUGGGCGCAGAUCUGCGACCUGGGAUGGACGAUCAAGAACACGCGUGUGGUCUGCGGCAUGCUGGGAUUCCCCCACGAGAAGAAAGUCAACAAGAACUUCUACAAACGUCUGAGAAAGCGAGCGGCCGUGAAGGUCUCCAGGCCAAAGGUUAAUGUUUCAGCCGGUGGAAGGCCGGCAUCCAAAGCUAAAGCUAACUCUAAGUCUAAACCGAGCAGCGCAGCUAAAAGAUUAUAUUUGGAGCGUCAGAAGAACUUCUACCACCUCCACUCUGUGGCGUGCACAGGUACCGAGGUCCACCUGGCAGCCUGCACGCUCGAGUUCAGCAAACCCAACGCCACGUCCACCUGUGCGGGCGGCACGGCGGCCGUGGUCAGCUGCAUGCCGGGGCCGAUGUUCAUGCAGAGCAGCGGCUCCAAGAAGAAGCUUAAGAUAUCGAACAACGUGAGGCUGAAGGGAGGCUCCAGGCUGGGCGAGGGUCGGGUGGAGGUGCUCAAAGAUAACGAGUGGGGGACGGUGUGCGACGAUCGCUGGAACCUGCAGUCGGCCAGCGUCGUCUGCAGGGAGCUCGGCUACGGCAGCGCCAAGGAGGCUCUGACGGGAGCACGCAUGGGACAAGGUAUGGGUCCGAUCUACAUGAACGAGGUGAAGUGUCUGGGUGUGGAGAAGUCCGUCUGGAGCUGUCCCUUUAAGAACAUCACGUCAGAGGACUGUCAGCACAUGGAGGACGCCGCUGUCCGCUGCAACGUGCCGUACAUGGGCCUGGAGAACUCGAUCCGGAUCACGGGAGGACGGACCCGUUACGAGGGCCGCGUGGAGGUGCUGAGCACCGACUCUAACGGGACCCAGAGCUGGGGCCUGAUCUGUGGAGAGACCUGGACCACCAAGGAGGCCAUGGUGGCCUGCAGGCAGCUGGGCUUGGGCUACGCUAACCAGGGCAUGCAAGAAACCUGGUACUGGGACAGCAGCAACGUGACGGAGAUGAUAAUGAGCGGCGUGAAGUGCACGGGGAGCGAGAUUUCUCUGGGUCACUGCCAGCAUCACAAAACCGUCAGCUGCCAGAAGUCUGCAGCAAAGUUUGCAGCAGGAGUCAUCUGCUCAGACACCGCCUCUGACCUCGUCCUGAACGCGCCUCUGGUCCAGCAGACGGUCUACAUCGAGGAUCGGCCUCUGCACAUGCUCUACUGUGCUGCAGAGGAGGACUGCCUGUCCAAAUCUGCAGCCCAGGCCAACUGGCCCUACGGACACCGACGCCUGCUCCGCUUCUCCUCCCAGAUCCACAACAUCGGCCGGGCCGACUUCAAGCCAAAGGCCGGGCGGCACUCGUGGGUCUGGCACGCCUGUCAUGGACACUACCACAGCAUGAACAUUUUCACCCACUAUGACCUGCUCAACGCUAACGGUACCAAAGUGGCGGAGGGACACAAAGCCAGUUUCUGUCUGGAGGACACGGACUGUCAGGAAGGCGUUUCCAAACGGUACGAGUGCGCCAACUUUGGCGAUCAGGGCAUCACCGUGGGCUGCUGGGAUCUGUACCGCCACGACAUCGACUGCCAGUGGAUCGACAUCACGGACGUCAAACCUGGAAACUACAUCAUGCAGGUUGUGAUCAAUCCAAACCACGAGGUUGCAGAGAGCGACUUCACCAACAACGCCAUGAAAUGCAACUGCAAAUAUGACGGACAUCGAAUCUGGCUCCAUAACUGUCACAUCGGUGACGCGUUCAGCGAGGAGGCGGAGCGGAGGUUCGAGAAAUAUCCCGGGCAGCUCAACAACCAGGUUUCUUAAUCAGCCGUAAUGUAAAGUCGGUUUAACGAGUAAACACACACCGACACACACCAACACACACCGACACACACUCCUGCAGUGACGGAAGAAUCCGGGCGAUGUGUCGUACGUCUGAGUUUUUAUACUUGAAUAUUCAAGUGCUUGUUUCUCUUCUCAGUCUGAUGUGAGCUGAUGCUAUAUUUUUCUAAAGUCUGUGUCUGACAGAUGUACAGCCUCUUCUCCUGUUGAAUGUUUUUUUAUAACCAUUAUGUUUGUUUGUCAAACCCGAGGCAGCUCUGUGAAAGUCUGACUUCACGCUGGGCAUUAUGGACGGUUUGUUCAGGUUCCACCUGUCUCCACAGAUAUCAUACUUGUGAAUGUAUUUAUUGCUCAUUGUUGUCAUGUGUAGCUCUGCUGUCUCGUGAACGUAGACGUGUAUGUAUGCUGAUGUAAUCACACCCUGCACCAAUAAAAGGAGAGGAACGAUGA